UUUCAAGAUAAUCCGAGCCUUCAGACCGCUGCUUUUGUGGGUUGUACCUUAAUUACUCCUGGUUCGGCUCUACACCUUUCGAGUUUUUCUUUCUGGGUUUUGCUUAAUUUGUACCAAAUUUCAGUCCAUAGCUACAACCCCUUCAAUUAGCACCAACCCUUUGUUGUUUCUGAAUUGGGUAUCUCGUAAGAAGCUGUUUUGAGUGAAAAUGGGGAAAGGGAGGAGGAAGACGAUGCAUCUUAGCAAGAUGUAUUCACUUAGGAGAAGUGGAUUUGAAGAUGAUCAUUCACAGAUUGGAGGGCCUGGGUUUUCAAGGGUGGUUUAUUGUAAUGAAAUGAGUGGAUCAGAAGGCAUAACUCAAAAUUAUGCUGACAAUUAUGUGAGGUUAACCAAGUAUACACCUUUCACAUUUCUACCCAAAUCUCUGUUUGAACAGUUUAGACGGGUGGCUAAUUUCUAUUUUCUUGUUACUGGGAUCUUGGCUUUUACGGCAUUAGCUCCUUAUUCUGCUGUUAGUGCCGUUAUUCCUCUUAUUAUUGUCGUUGGUGCUACUAUGGUCAAAGAAGGGAUUGAAGAUUGGCAAAGACAACAGCAGGAUCAUGAGGUCAAUAAUCGAAAAGUCAAAGUUCAUCGUGGUGGCGGAGUUUUUGAAUCUAGCCAAUGGAAAAAACUAAGAGUAGGUGAUGUAGUUAAGGUAGAAAAGGAUGAAUUCUUCCCUGCAGAUCUUCUCUUGAUUUCAUCUAGCUACGAUGAUGCAAUCUGUUAUGUCGAAACGAUGAAUCUAGAUGGCGAAACAAAUUUGAAGUUGAAACAAUCGCUAGACGUAACUUCUUUGAUUAACGAAGAUUCAAAGUUUAACAGCUUCAAAGCUACUGUUAGAUGUGAAGAUCCGAAUGCCAGUUUGUAUACUUUUGUUGGAACGAUGCAGUUUCAAGAACAACGCCACGCGCUUUCUCCUCAACAGCUUCUUUUGCGAGAUUCUAAGCUUCGAAACACGGAUUACAUCUACGGUGUCGUUAUCUUCACCGGUCACGACACGAAAGUCAUUCAAAACUCAACGGACCCACCUUCGAAAAGAAGUAAAAUCGAGAAAAGAACGGAUAGUAUUAUCUACUUCUUGUUCUUUGUUUUGUUUCUGAUGGCUUUCGUAGGAUCGGUUUAUUUUGGGAUUACGACUAGAGAUGAUUUAGAUGGGGAUAGAAUGAAACGAUGGUAUUUAGGACCAGAUCGAUCGGAGAUUUUCUUUGAUCCUAAACGAGCUCCAAUGGCGGCGAUAUAUCAUUUCCUUACGGCUGUAAUGCUGUAUAGCUAUUUGAUUCCCAUAUCACUUUAUGUGUCGAUUGAAGUCGUGAAAGUGUUGCAGACGCUUUUUAUUAACAAUGAUGUUGAUAUGUACUAUGAGGAAGCUGACAAGCCGGCCCACGCUCGAACUUCGAAUCUAACCGAAGAACUUGGUCAAAUCGACACCAUUUUAUCUGACAAAACCGGAACUUUAACAUGUAACUCAAUGGAGUUCAUCAAGUGUUCUGUGGCAGGCACGGCUUACGGACGUCAUGUUACAGAAGUUGAGAGAGCUAUGGCCAAACGAACGGGAUCUCCAUUGUUGAUGAACGGUGAUGGCAAUGAUGACAAUUCUCAUUUAUCUGUGAAAGGAUACAAUUUUGAAGACGAAAGGAUCACAAACAGGCGAUGGGUUCACGAGCCACAUUCAGAUGUGAUUCAGAAGUUCUUUCGUUUGUUGGCGAUCUGUCAUACAGCCAUACCUGAUGUAGAUGAGGACACAAGAAACGUAACAUAUGAAGCCGAGUCGCCUGAUGAAGCGGCUUUUGUGAUUGCAGCCCGAGAACUUGGCUUUGAAUUCUACAAGAGGACACAAACAAGCGUCUCCUUUAUGGAGUUCGAUCCUAAAUCCAUGAAAAAUGUCGAAAGGUCAUACGAACUUUUGAACAUUCUCGAGUUCAACAGUGCGCGAAAGAGAAUGUCGGUUAUAGUAAGGGACGAGGAAGGAAAGCUGCUUUUACUUUGUAAAGGUGCCGACAGCGUUAUGUUUGAAAGGCUUUCAAAAGAAGGACGACAGUUCGAAGAGAACACAAGAGAACACGUGAAUGAGUAUGCUCAGGCAGGAUUAAGGACUUUAAUACUUGCAUAUCGUGAACUCAGUGACGAAGAGUACAAAGAAUUCAACGAGAAAUUCACGGAAGCCAAGAACUCGGUGAGUGCUGAACGAGAUGAUAUGAUGAGCGAAGUGACAGAUGAAAUCGAGAAGGAUUUGAUACUUCUUGGUGCAACUGCUGUCGAGGAUAAACUCCAAAAAGGGGUCCCGGAGUGCAUUGACAAACUUGCUCAAGCCGGAAUCAAGAUAUGGGUUCUAACCGGUGAUAAAAUGGAAACUAUUAGACUAGAAGCAAUUAAUAUAGGUUUUGCAUGUAGUCUGCUUAGACAAGGAAUGAAACAAAUAGUGAUAACCUUGGAAUCACCAGAGAUUGUAGCGGCAGAAAAAGCCGGAGACAAAAGCGUCAUCGCCAAGGUCUCGGAAAACAGUGUCAAGAAACAGAUAUCAGCCGGAAAGGCUCAGCUUGAUGCUUCAAGGUCUGAGGCACAUGCUUUGAUCAUUGACGGAAAAUCUCUUGUGUAUGCUUUAAACGACGACACGAAAAAUGCAUUUUUAGAACUCGCCGUUGGCUGUGCUUCUGUUAUCUGUUGUCGUUCUUCGCCAAAACAGAAGGCACUGGUUACGAGACUUGUAAAAGAGGGAACUGGAAAGACGACACUAGCCAUCGGUGAUGGAGCAAAUGACGUGGGAAUGCUUCAAGAAGCUGAUAUCGGUAUUGGAAUUAGUGGUGUCGAGGGAAUGCAGGCGGUUAUGUCCAGCGAUAUUGCAAUUGCUCAGUUUCGGUUCUUGGAACGCUUGCUAUUAGUUCACGGACAUUGGUCUUACAGAAGAAUUUCUUCAAUGAUAUGCUACUUUUUCUACAAAAACAUCGUAUUUGGAACUACGGUUUUCUUAUAUGAGGGUUACGCAGCAUUCUCCGGGCAACCUGCAUAUAACGAUUGGUAUUUGUCCCUUUACAACGUCUUCUUUACAUCGUUUCCGGUCAUUGCCUUGGGAGUCUUCGACCAAGAUGUAUCUGCUCGGUUUUGUCUCAAGUUCCCUUUGCUGUACCAAGAAGGUGUGCAAAACACGCUCUUCGGAUGGCGCCGCAUAUUCAGCUGGAUGCUCAACGGGCUAUGUAGUGGUGUAAUCAUCUUUUUCCUCUGCACCAGAGCCUUAGACCCCGAGUCCUACGACAAGAACGGAAAGACCGCCGGGAUGGAAAUCGUGGGGGCCACAAUGUACACCUGCGUCGUAUGGGUCGUCAACUGCCAAAUGGCGCUCGCAGUUAGCUACUUCACGUUAAUACAACACGUCUUCAUCUGGGGUGGCAUCGUCUUAUGGUACCUCUUCCUCUUGGCGUAUGGCUCGCUCUCGGUGUCCAUCUCGACUAGUGCAUAUAAAGUGUUCGUAGAAACGCUAGCGCCUGCACCUACGUAUUGGCUCGUGACCCUUUUCGUGGUGAUCGCUGCUCUGAUUCCGUAUUUUUGUUUUAAGGCGAUUAAAAUGCGGUUCUUUCCGGGGUACCAUGGGAUGGUGCAAUGGAUAAGGCACGAAGGUCACACCGAAGAUCCCGAUUAUUGUAACAUGGUGAGACAACGGUCGAUAAGGGCAACGACCGUGGGGUUCACGGCUCGUUCGAUAGCGAGAGAUAAUAACUUGUAUAAUUUGGAGCGACAAUAAUCCGAGAUAUGUACGACCGCAUUUAUUUUAGAUUUGUUGUUUGUUUGUAAAUUAAAUUCUUUUAUUUGUUAUUUUCGAUCGUGUAUAUGUCGAAUGUAUAUCGGGUGCAAUUCAUAUUCUUGUAAUAAGUUUCCUCAAAUUAUUAUAACAUCAUAUA